GCUUUAGAACUUUGGAUUUGUAGGGUUUAACCUCAAAAAGAGGACACCCUUCCAGAAAUUCUCGACGGCUCAGGCAGAACCAAAGCCGAGGAGGGGGUUUGGAAAUAGUUUUCAACCAGCAAUUGACGCGCCUCGGUUAGAACCUCACUAGCUGCGUCAUUGCCCCAAGCGCAAAGAUGCCUUACUCCUUCCCACUCUCUCUCCUUUUAUAUCCGAUUCCACAUUCCCCUCUCUUAUAUCUUUCCAAUGUGGGACAAAUUAGAGAAUUCGAUUUUCUAGUUCUUCGAGCAAUGGAUGGAGAAUUCCAUCAAUGGCGGUUUUUCAAAGUUGCAAUGCCGUGUUGUUUAAAUAUUCAUGAAUUAAUUUUAUUUUAAUUUUGAAAAAACACACACACACACAAAUAUGAUUUAUUAAUUUUAUUAUAUUUUUGUAGACCAUUCUCGUAUUAUUAUUUUCUCUAUUGUAUUGCUGAAUUUUCGUUGGAAUGAGAGGUGAAGAUAUAGAUCUCUGAAUUUUCCUUUAUAAUGUGGAGGAGGAGGAGAAGAUAGCCACAAGCUAGAGAAGAAAAGUAAGAAGCAAUGGCGAAAUCGAGCGCAGACGAUGAAGAGCUAAAGCGAGCCUGUGAAACAGCUAUAGAAGGAACCAAACAGAAGGUUGUAUUGUCUAUGCGCGUUGCCAAGAGCCACGGAAUCUGGGGCAAAUCUGCUAAGCUAGGUCGAGGCGGCAUGGCCAAGCCUAGAGUUCUCGCCAUCUCCACAAAGGCAAAAGGUCAAAAGAUCAAAGUUUUUCUUCGCGUUCUAAAGUAUUCUUCAGGGGGAGUGCUUGAGCAUGCAAAUCUAUACAAACUGAAACAUCUUGCGAAAGUGGAGCUUGUGACUAAUGAUCCUAGUGGAUGUACAUUUAUGCUGGGAUUUGAUAACAUCAGAAGUCAGACUGUCGCUCCUCCACAAUGGACUAUGCGUAAUCUUAAUGACAGGAACCGUCUUCUUCUUUACAUCUUAAACAUCUGCAAGGAUGCAAUGGGUCGCAUUCCAAAAGUCAUUGGCAUAGAUGUUGUGGAAAUGGCUCUUUGGGCUAAGGAAAAUACGACCACAGUCACUAAGCAGCAGAUAGAUCUUCAAGUUGGGCCUGUUGCAGUUGCCGUCACUGGGGAAAUGAAAGUGACUGUAGAAAGAGAGCUUGUUUCCCAAGUUGAGGAGGAUGACAUGGAGGAUUUGCUUGGCGGUUAUGUCACGGGUGUUACUGAAGCUGAAGCAUUUUCUGAACGUUUGAAACGGGAACUCCAAGCCUUAGAAGCAGCCAAUGUGCAUGCCAUUCUGGAGAGUGAGCCAUUAAUUGAUGAGGUGUUACAGGGGCUUGAGGUGGCUUCAAGUUGUACUGAUGACAUGGCUGAAUGGUUGGGCAUUUUCAAUGUCAAGCUCAGGCACAUGAGAGAGGACAUAGAGUCGAUAGAACAUCGGAAUAAUAAGUUGGAAACGCAGUCAGUAAAUAACAAAAAAUUGAUCGAGGAGCUUGAUAAACUUCUUGAGCAUUUGCGUGUCCCUACUGAGUAUUCAGCAUGCAUUACAGGGGGUUCAUUUGACGAAGUACGAAUACAUCAAACCUUAGAAGCAUGUGAGUGGUUGUGUAGUGCUUUGCGUGGUUUUGAAGUGCCCAAUCAUUCUACUUAUGCGAAGAUGCGCUCUGUCAAAGAGAAGCGAGCUGAACUUGAAAAGUUAAAAAGUACUUUUGUUAGGAGAGCAUCAGAUUACUUGAUAAACUAUUUGGCAAGCUUGGUGGAUUUAAUGAUAAAUGAUAAAAACUUCAACUCACAGCGGGGGCAGUUGAAGAAGCCGGAUCAUGCUGACCUACGAUAUAGGUGCAAAACCUAUGUUCGUCUUUUACAACAAAUGAAGAGCCUUGACAAGAAUUGCCUGGGAUCAUUGAGAAAAGCGUACUGUCUCUCAGUUAAUUUGCUGUUACGAAAAGAGGCUCGUGAGUAUGCAAAUGAGCUUCGAGCUAAUACAAAAGCAUCAAAGACUCCUGCUGUCUGGCUAGAAGGUUCUACGGGUUCUGCCCAAAAUAAUAAUGCUUCAGAUUCUUCUACAGUUUCAGAUGCAUAUUCAAAAAUGCUUACAAUUUUUGUCCCACUCCUCGUAGACGAGUGUUCCUUUUUCGCAAAUUUCAUGUGCUUUGACGUUCCUACACUUGUGCCAUCUGGAGGUGCUGCUCCUGGUAGUGAUGGUAAAGAUGAUGAUCUUGGCAUCAUGGAUAUUGAUGGAAACAAUAGCUCAGCUGUAGUGACAAAUCCUGUGGAGCUUCAAGCACUAAAUGAGGCUCUUCAAGAAUUGCUAGAUGGCAUACAGGAAGACUUCCUUUCUGUAGUUGACUGGGCAUACAAGAUAGAUCCUUUGCGGUGCAUAUCUAUGCAUGGAAUUACAGAGCGAUAUAUUUCUGAGCAGAAGGCUGAUGUAGCAGGAUGUGUCCGCACCUUGCUUGAUGAUCUCGAGUCUAGAAUCACUCUACAGUUCAGUAAAUUUGUUGAUGAAGCUUGUCACCAGAUUGAAAGAAAUGAGCGCAAUGUUAAGCAGAUGGGUGUUUUGUCAUAUAUAACAAGAUUUGCAACCCUUGCAACUCGUAUGGAACAGUACAUUCAGGGACAGUCCAGAGAUCUGGUGGAUCAAGCAUAUAUGAAAUUUGUCACCAUUAUGUUUGUGACCUUAGAGAAGAUUGCUGCACAAGACCCGAAAUAUGCUGAUAUUUUGCUCUUAGAGAAUUACGCUGCCUUUCAGAAUAGUCUGUAUGACCUGGCCAAUGUUGUGCCUACUUUAGCCAAAUUUUAUCACCAGGCGAGCGAGAAUUAUGAACUAGCAUGCUCACGUCACAUCAGCAUGAUAAUAUAUUAUCAAUUUGAACGUCUUUUCCAAUUUGCUAGAAGAAUUGAGGAUUUGAUGUAUACAAUCACACCAGAAGAGAUCCCAUUCCAAAUGGGACUCUCAAAGGUGGAGCUCAGGAAGGUGGUGAAAUCCAGUUUAUCUGGUGUUGACAAGUCGAUAACUGCAAUGUAUAAGAAAUUGCAGAAGAACUUGACGACGGAUGUGUUGUUGCCUUCGUUAUGGGAUAAAUGCAAGAAGGAAUUCUUGGAUAAAUAUGAAAGCUUUGCUCAACUUGUUGGUAAGAUCUACCCUACUGAGAAUAUUCCAUCAGCAACAGAAAUGAGAGACCUUUUGAAAUCCAUGUAAAGUUUUACUUUUCAUUUUUUUUAUUAGGGGGCAUAAAAU